CAUUAAGUCCGCCCCAUAUUGCCUCUGAAUCAGGCUGCUCUGAUAUAUAACAAAGAUCUCUUCAAGCCGUUAUCAGUUUUCUGCUGAUCUGACAGCGACUCUGUAAAGGAGGGGCAGGACUAAGGCAGCGUCAGGAUGUUUCUGAAGACUGUAGCGCUGGUGGGCCUUUUCCUGGUCCUGGGUGCGAGGGCUCUUCCACUGCAAGAGGCAGAGAACGGUGGGAAGAACUGGGUGGUGAUCGUCGCAGGCUCCAAUGGCUGGUACAACUACAGACACCAGGCUGAUGCGUGUCAUGCCUACCAGAUCGUCCAUAAAAAUGGCAUUCCUGAUGAGCAGAUCAUUCUCAUGAUGUACGAUGACCUGGCUCAGAAUGAAGAGAAUCCUACUCCAGGAAUUGUGAUCAACCGGCCGAACGGCACAGAUGUGUAUAAGGGAGUGGUUAAGGACUACAUCGGGGAGGAUGUGACACCUGCCAACUUUCUGGCUGUGCUGAAAGGGGACGCGCAGGCGCUGAGGGGCGUGGGGUCGGGAAAAGUGCUGAAGAGUGGUCCCAACGAUCAUGUGUUUGUUUAUUUCACGGAUCACGGUGCCCCUGGGCUCCUGGCAUUUCCAAACGAUGAUCUCCAUGUGAAAGACCUUAAAGAUGCUAUCAAUUACAUGCAUAAAAACAAAAAAUACAAAAAGAUGGUGUUUUACAUUGAAGCCUGUGAGUCAGGGUCCAUGAUGAACCACCUGCCUGCUGAUAUUGAUGUGUACGCCACUACGGCUGCGAACCCCCACGAGUCCUCCUAUGCCUGCUACUACGACGAGAAACGAGACACUUACCUGGGAGACUGGUACAGCGUCAACUGGAUGGAGGACUCCGAUGUCGAAGACCUGAAGAAAGAAACACUCCUGAAACAGUUCAAGAUCGUGAAGAGCCACACCAACACCAGUCACGUGAUGCAGUACGGAAACAAGACACUAGCCCAGAUGAAGGUGAUACAGUUCCAGGGGAACCCCACAGCCAAUGCCCAGCCUAACGCCCCAGUCACCCUCCCACCCAUUGCGGACCCCGACCUGAUUCCCAGCCCAGACGUGCCCCUCGCCAUCCUCAAGAGGAAGCUCAUGGCCACCAACGAUAUCGCCAAGGCAAAGGCCUAUCUGGAAGAGAUCAACACCCAUCUGAAGGUCAGGGAGCUGCUGCGGGAGGCGAUGAAGAGAGUGGUGCAGACCAUCACCAACUCCAGAGACCGAACCGAGCAGAUACUGAGCGACAGGCAGGACCUCACUCAGCACCAGUGCUACAAGACGGCAGCAGAGCACUUCAAGCACAACUGCUUCAACUGGCACACACCGAAGUAUGAGUACGCCCUCAGACAUCUCUAUGUUCUUGUGAACCUGUGUGAAGAAGGAUUUGCAGUGGACAGGAUUCAGAUGGCCAUGGAUGAGGUGUGCUUCUUCAGAUUGUAGUUCAAGUCUGAACAGUGAAGACCUGCAGGGAAGAUCACACUGAGGAACUGUCCCAAGAAAUUAGCUGUUUUGUUUUAAUCAUAACAACAUAUAUGUUAGAUAUAUUUCAUCUUUUUUUAAUUCAAAUGAUAAAUUUGCACUACUUCACAAGAAAACAAAAAAAAUGUUUCUUUACAGUACCAAACAUGUUAUAUCUUGUUGAUUUAAACCAAAAUAAUUUCAUUGUUGUAAGUGGAUCAUACAUAACCUGAAAAGGGAGAGGAAAUGCUUCCCAGGGGGAUUAAAAAUAAUGGAGUCUACAGCAAGUGCAGUUUUGUGCUGCAGAAUAUCCAUUUGGGAAUGUGUCCUCCAGGGAUACAAAGUGUGUGCUCUGGGACUGAGUGUGGAUGACUCUUGUCAGAGAUUAUUUGACACUAUUACAGUAAUGUGACAUAGAGUAAACUUAUUAAAGAAAAAUGCACUGAUUUUCUUAUAUCUAGGACAAGUGUCUUUUGCUGUUAACUAGAACUACAUGAAAACAAAUAGCCCUACUGGCUUUAGAAUCCCUAAAGUUUACAGCAGUUGAUACUAGGUUCAGGCCAGCACUGUUUCACAAAUCCUUACAGCCUGCAUAUGAACUGACAGUAGAGUUGGUGGGAAUGCAUGUCAAGAAUUACGUUUUAAAGUGCAAUUACACAGAUCUUCUGAUGUUUAAAGGCAUUGUUUCAAAAGACAAAAUGGAACACAUUCUGUGAAAGAUCAGCCGGUUGUUGAUAAUCAAUAAAGAAAAAGUGAAACCAAUAAAAAAAGGAUGCUUUUUGU